AAUUCAUUCACAAUAAAUAAUCUGGAUAUAUUAACAAGAAAAUUCGACCAAAAAAAAAAAUACGAAAAACUAUGUAAAUAUAAUUAAAAAAUUGGCUAAAUCAAAAUAAAAGUAUAAAAUGUCGAAUUCAGCUACGGAUGUAUCCCUUUUCGGUUGGGAUUUAACAUUAAAUUCAGUAAAAAAUGAUAUUAAAACGAAGGAAGAUAUGUUAGCGGUAAUUACGCAUUGGUGUUUAAUCAAAGCGGGAUUCCGAUGUGUUGGUGUUGGAGAAUCUAUGGAAGAAUGUGAAAGUGAUUCACCGAGUGAAAUAUUACCAGAGGGUUGGAAUUUCACCGAUAAUCAUGCAUUACGUUAUACUUACAACAAUAAGCUGUAUAAUCUGGCUAUAAACAAGAGUGGUACCGACAUAGUAUUUAUAAAUAUUAUCCAUAAAGGACAAAAUUUUGCUUUGGAUGUUAAAUUGGAUGAUGUUAUCAAAAAUCUCAGUGGGCCUAUGAGUCAAAUUGUUCCAAAUUAUAAGGAGUUUUUAGGCAGAUUUCAAACAAAUUUGAUUAAUCCAAUGGUACAAGGAAAGGGCGCUGCUUCAUGUUCAACUGAUAAAACAGAAGUCCGCAGUGAAAAAUCAUGCGAUACUGUUUAUAAUCAACAAGUUCCUCCACGUCGGCCAGUUCCACCGCCUGAAAUGUAUCCAACACCAUUGUAUCCAGCGAAUGAGGGUUGGCGAGAUCCGUUAGCUGAUCCUAGACAGGUUGGACGUGCCGAUUUGGAUCCGUUUCAUCAAGGAGGUGGAAUGUUAUUUGCUCCACCACCAGAUCGUCCAGGCUUACCUAGAGGAGCAGUACCGCCUGGUGCUAGAUUCGAUCCAUUUCGGCCUGAUGGCUUAAAUCCAGAUCCAACUCCAGGACCACGUAGACCACCCGGAACUGAUCACUUUCCACCACCAGGCUAUGACGAUAUGUUUAUGUAAUAUGGAUUAAGCAAAAUAUUGUAAAGAGAUUAAAAUUUCAUUAUUUUUUACUGGAAAAUUCGU